AUGAAUGGAGGAUGUUUGUCACCAGCAUCCAGAAUACGUAUUGCAGCAGAUGUUCACCGUCACAGCACGAGUGAUGAUGAUAGUGGAUGCGUGCUGGAAGAAUACUCCUGGGUGCCAAGUGGCAUCAAACCUGAUAUGGUUCAUAUGUAUUUCGCUUGUCUACCGGAAGACAAAAUACCUUAUGUAAAUUCGACUGGUGAAGAAUGGCGAGCACGUCAGUUGCAUUAUCAAUUACCACCACAAGAUUCUGAUGUAGGAUAUUGCGGUAAGUUGAGUAGCAAAGAAAUACGUGAAUUAGUACAAUUUGAAAUGGGUCGAAAACGCGAGUGCCUUGGACGCGGUAUAAUCGGGCAGCUCCCGUACGACAACAAACGACGGCACUGCCAUCAGUGUAAGGGAUCAUUAUAUGAAGGGAAUUUGGUGAUUAGUGCGGAAAGAUUCGGACAUGAUGUACACUGGCAUCCGCAGUGCUUUGUUUGCACGGAGUGCUCAAAUCUCCUCGUUGAUUUGAUUUAUUUUAAACAUGGAGCCGACGUAUAUUGCGGCAGACAUCACGCAGAACAAAUCAAGCCUAGAUACACCUUAGUUGCCAUUACUCCACCUCCACUCUAA